UUUACAUUCAUCAAAUCACUGCCAUAAUGAGUUUCAUUUUCCUUCUUUUUCACUAAAACCUUCUUUUUCACAGCGUUGAUUAGUUACUUAACCAUGGCUUCGUUAUUAUUGUCGUAUGAACAACAGUUCUCAACAUUAACUGCAGAAGUUACACAAAGGAUGGGAACCAUACAUAAUUACCAUGGAACUGAACGAAAAUCGUUGAUAAGUUCGAUUGAACGACAACUGGAUGAAGCUCAGGAACUGUUGGAACAAAUGGACCUUGAGAUCCGAGAACUCCCAAACUCCGAGCGAGGAAAAUUGAUGGGGAGAAUGAAAAGUUAUCAAACAGAGUUUAAUAAUCUGGAAACACAAAUGAAAAAAGCGAAAACUACAAACAAUGCGAAUAAACUGCGCGAUGAACUUUUAUCAAUGGAUGAUAAUGGAACUGAUGAUCAGCGAGCCCGUUUACUGGACAACACCGAACGACUCGAGAAUUCCUCACGAAGGUUAGAGGUUGGUUACAGGGUUGUCAUGGAAACGGAGAAAGUGGGACAAGAUAUAUUGGAUAAUCUGCAAAGAGAUCGGGAAACGAUAUCCAGGACAAGACAACGGUUACGAGACGGAGAUGCAAACUUGGGUAAAAGUUCAAGGAUUGUGUCCGGUAUGAUGAGGAGGAUCAUCCAGAACCGUCUUCUCACCUUCCUAAUCAUGGGAGUUCUUGUUAUCGUCAUAAUCAUCAUUAUCUAUGUCACAACCACCAAACAGAAGUCAUGAUGAUGUCAUAAUAACCAUCUAUGACAUCACAAAGGUAGAUAGACGCACAGCACGUCGUGGUUAGAACGACGUACGUAGUUGUGGAUGUUAUGUGUUUGUAGCAACAACAAGAAUAUCUACAAAUAAUAAACACACUUCCGAUAAAGUUAACUAACUUUGAUGAUGAUUUCUAUGAAUCUGGUCCCGAUCUAAUUCUCAUGAAGUUGGACGACUCUCGUAACCAAAUAACAGUCAGGGUCACAAGCUACGAAAUAUGUAACAAACAAAAAUCCAGUUUAACAAAUUUUAUACCAUACAGAUAUAUAUGAUGCCAUUUAAGAUAAAAUAUAUUUCUAUAGUAAACUAUUCGUUAGACUGGAUUUUGUUUGUUGCAUAUUUCAUGGCAAUUGAUCCUGACUGUUGUUUGGUUACGAGAAUCGUGCAACUUCAUCAGCACUAGAUCAGGAUCAGAUUCGCGGGAUUCAUCAAAGUUAAACCCAUUGUUGUUAGUUGUGAUGUAAUAAUGAAUCUUGUUUAAAACAAUCCAAUUGUCACCUCAGUUAUUUGUGAACAAAGCCCUAUAGUGAUGUCACAAUACUCAAUUAUUGAUUGGUUAGAAUCGCCAUGGACACAAAACAUUAAUUUUAAUAUUUGUGUUGCCAGAUAUUUUUGUACUUUGUUAAAAAUCAAUUUUUGUUCUUAGGUAAAAAGUCAGUAAUUUUUUCAUCUUCUGGAAAACUAAAGGGUUAGUGUGGCCAGAUGUUUUUUAACUUUUGAAAAUUAAUUGGUAACACUGUCAGUGCUGCCAAACAUGUUUUCAUUUUUUUAAAUAAUUGGCAACACUGGCCACAAAAUCAGCCUUUAUUACACAUAAUAGUCAUUGUUGUGCAAUAUGUAACAUGAUCUUCUGUGACAUAGUAGUAGUGACGUCAUAACUGAUAUGUGGUUUAUAUAAUAUUUCUAUGUUUGUUUAUAUUAGUCCUGUGAAGUGGUAAUAAAUAUAUUAUUUUU